AUGGCUUCAUCAACUUUCCACGCCUUCCCUCGACUUCCAUGCGAGCUGCGGCUUCGGAUCUGGGAGCUUGCGCUUCGACCCCAGCAUGCCGGCGGUCUGCAUCAUUUCUUCAUCGACCUGGAGGGAAACAAAGACGGCAUUGACCCGAAACUGUUUGUCGGCGUGGACGACUGGGCUGGGGGCAUCGACCCGGCCAAAAGGGAUAUUGCCUUGAACAUAGGCCGCCUACAGAGCAACUCGUCAGCCACGCCCGGCAAAGGCUCAGUGUACUACUGGGAUGCCGGCCUCUGGACAGCUUGCCGAGAAUCAAGAGACGUCAUAACGAGGCGCUCCGAGUCAGACUACCAGCACAGGACGGAACACUACUCACUCCUCCGCCGGGAAAGGAUUGGGUGCCGCCAUCCCUCGUUCGCAAAGGUACGACAAGGCAACCAGGCGUGGAACCUCGUGGUCCAGCCGCAGCGAGACCUCUUUUGCUUCCACGUCCAGGGCUGGGGCAUGGACUUUCUUCUGCCGCAUCCCUCGGUCCUCCAGGUCUUGCAGAGCCCAGUCUGCGGGCGUUGGAGGCUCGACCGCGAUGAGCACACGCAGCCCACCUCCGUCCAGCACUUUGCCCUGGAAUUCGACUCGAGCUGGAACACCGACUGGCCCAAGGGCCCCGAUGAGCUUUUGGGCGAGGCUAGCCCCCGCGGCUUCGUCGCUCGCCUGAUAUUACGGGCCGUGCUUGCGGAGGUCGGCUUCUUUAUCUGGCUGAUUGACGGCGACGUCCCCGCGCCGAACAAGCCGCUCGAGCACGCACACGGCCAGGUCUUUUACGACAUGGACGCCGAGUACGUCGAGACGCCCCAGUGGUGUGUCAGGGAGUCGUCCUACUUCAUCGAUCACAUCAACCAAAGUCUGGGGGACUGGUACCAGUUUCUGGGAGAGGAGAUACCCCAUGUCGGCGACUCAUUCGACUUGAAUUGGAGCUUUGACACGGAGGCGUACAUUGGUAUCCUUGCGCGCAGGGAGAAGAGUUGA